AUGGAGAGAUUGGUACAACGUAUGCAAGAUGAUAAAUCAGGCGUACCGGUCAGAACAGUUAAAAGCUUCAUGUCUAAAGUGCCAAGCGUCUUCACAGGUGCAGAUUUAGUUCUGUGGAUUAUGAAGAACUUAGACGUUGAUACAACGGAAGCUCUUCAUUUGGGAUCACUUAUAUCAGCUCAUGGUUACUUCUUUCCAAUAACAGACCAUGUUCUUACACUAAAGGAUGACAAUACAUUCUAUAGAUUUCAGACACCCUAUUUUUGGCCGUCAAAUCACUGGGAACCAGAAAAUACAGAUUACGCUGUAUAUCUUUGUAAAAGAACUAUGCAAAAUAAAUCCAGAUUGGAACUUGCAGAUUAUGAAGCAGAAAAUCUUGCAAGACUACAAAGAAUGUUUUCAAGAAAAUGGGAAUUCAUAUUUAUGCAAGCAGAAGCUCAGGCAAAAGUUGAUAAAAAGCGGGAUAAAAUGGAAAGGAAAGUUUUAGACAGUCAAGAGAGAGCUUUUUGGGAUGUACAUAGACCUGUACCAGGAUGUGUUAACACGACAGAGAUGGACAUUAAGAAGGCGUGUCGACUUAAUAAGCCACUCAAGACUAAGAAGCAAAUGGCAUAUAAUGUACCAGGCGGGAGGAUAAGUCCGAGUGUUUCUGAGUCUGACCUCCGUACACCAAUUGAGGAACUCCAACAACAGAUUGAAGGUCUGAAGAAGAGAUUGGAAAGAAGGAAAUACAAGCUUUCCAAAAUAGCUGAACUACUACUAGCAUCUAGUCAACAAUACUGUGAGUAUGAUAGUCUUAUCACAGCUUCGGAACCCAGUAAUCCGUGGAUAUCGGACGAUACUACACUUUGGGACCUCGCCAGAACAAUGAGUUUAAGAGAUGUACCUAUAUGGAGAGUCAAAAGAUGGGGUUUCACCUUGGAUGAACUCUUAAUAGACCCCCUAGGCAGAGAACAAUUUGCAAAAUUUUUAGCCAAAGAAUUUAGUGAUGAAAAUCUGAGGUUUUGGAUAGCAUGUGUAGAGCUUCGAGGGACUUCUCUCAGUCAGGUUCCAGAUAAAGUACAGGAGAUUUACGACGAGUUUCUUUGUCCCUCAGCACAUAGUGCUAUAAACGUAGACUCCAAGAUCCAUGAAAUCAUUAAAGAUAAUAUGCAAGAUCCCGGAAGGUAUACUUUUGACCCCGCAAUGGACCAUAUCUUCCAGUUGAUGAAGAGCGACAGUUACACGCGAUACUUGCGCUCAGAUCAGUACCGAGAGCUGCUUAAUCCAAAGAAAAAGGCAAAAGGGCCUAAGUGUCUUCUGUUAACUUUACCCCCAAAAUAUGGCAAAUUCCCAAUACUCCCAUCGUCUCUUGUUAUCCCAAGUGCUGUUGUUAGUUUGAUUUCAAGCUGGCAUGGAUCUAUUGUAUCCAGCCUAAACAUAGGCAUAGGCUCGAUUUAUGAUGAGAAAACUACCAAGCAUAGGUGGGACCUGAUGGAUGGUUUAUCCUGUAUAUAG